AUGAUCGAAACCGCCAUCAUGAGCGGAAUACCGGUCGCCGAAGAUAACAUUAUUAACCGGCGUGGUGGAGAGUCCAUCUACCAAAGCUGCGUGAAUCUAAGGCGCCGUCUCUCGGAGGUGCCAAACUUUGAGCCCUAUCUGCAGAAGAUGGCCGCGGAGGACGAAUUACGAGGCAAUACCGAUCCGGUCGCUUCGCUCUGGCAGUGUCUGCGGAACGGUUACCCUCUUUUGAGUAUCUAUAAUGCCUCCGGUCCCGACGAGGAGCUGGUCGUAGACCCUGCCAAGGUCCCCGAGGCGAAGCGCCCCAAGGCGGCAACCUUCAAAUUCCUGCAGGCAUGUCUGCAGGAUUUGGCAUUCCCUCAGCAGGACUGCUUCCUCAUCACCGACCUAUAUGGCGAGAGCACCACCGGUUUCAUCAAAGUGAUCAAGAUGGUGAAUCGAGUGGUGGAUAUCCUGGAGAUGCAAGGCCAGCUGAAGCGGCCCGAGGUGACCGAUGCCCCCGUGGGCGCACAGGGCAACGUGAAGCUCACCAAGCGUGAGCACAUCCUUAAGGAACUCUUGGAAACCGAGCGCGACUAUGUGCACCACCUGCAGAACCUACAAUCUUUGAAGAAAGAGUUGGAGGAAGCGGGCGCCUUGACCGGUGAUGCGAGCCAUCAAAUCUUCCUCAAUUUGAAUAAUCUCCUAGAUUUUGCGCAACGAUUUUUGAUUAGGAUGGAGCAUGCACUAUGCCUUCCCGAGGAAAUGCAAAACUGGGCCGCCUCUUUUACUCGCAUGAAGAAGCAUUCAGGCAAGAUCCAACGGAAACUCUUUGCUGGCCUGUAUCGGCAUAUUCGAGCAUGUUCUGAUGACCUUCGCCCCACCCGUGCACAGGAGCUGCGUAAACAAGCUGAAGAUCCCGAAAUACAAGCCGAUAUUUCUCGGGCCAUCGACACCAUUCAGAGAACCCUUGAUUCGGCGGAUGACGCCAUUCACAAGGAGCACUUGGCCGCGGCCGUGGUAGAAUUGUCCGAGCGUGUGGAUGACUGGAAGUCGCUGAAAGUGGAAGCUUUUGGAGAUUUGUUGCGUUUCGGCACCUUUGCGGUUGUCAAAGGCGACAGUGGGAAGGACACGGAGAGAGAGUAUCACAUUUACCUAUUCGAACGCAUUCUCCUCUGCUGCAAAGACAUCAAUCCGAAUAAGCAGAAGAGCAAGCUCAUGAUGAACAAGGACAGGCCUUCCAACACAUCAAAGGGCAAGCCUCGCCUGCAGAUCAAGGGUCGUAUCUACAUGGCGAACGUGACGGACAUUGUUGGCCUACAAAAGCCUGGUCUUUAUCGCAUUCAGAUCUUCUGGAAAGGUGACGCCGGUGUUGUCGACAACUUUAUCAUUCGAUACAUCAGCGAAGAGACGAUGCGCAAUUGGUACAAGGAGAUCGACACCCAACGUGCCAUCCAAUCCGAACGUCGUACGCUUCGGAAUACGGGCACAUCAGACAGCGAGUUCACCUACAUGGAAGGCAUGGCCAACAUACCGAACCCCUUCCAGCAAGAGUAUGAAGUCGAGGAAGGUCUCAAAGACGGUAACUACCAUUCCGAGUUCCCGAUGAGUCGGAAUGCAUCCAGCACAAGCCUGCGGACCCGGUCCGCCACUGGGGGCAGUACCAACUCUGUGCCGCAUACCAACGGUCGGCCUCGUUUCGCAGGGGAUCCCGCGCUCUCCGUGCACACUCAAUUCACCGGCUCAGGCAGCAUGUCUCCCGGAGAACGCAAUAUGAACUCUUACUUUUCACCCACAGAAACGCCUUCUACUCGAUCGAGUUCACAGUCCGGGUUCUCGUUUGGCCGACAAAACACCAACUCGACCUCCGCAUCGAGUGUGUGGAAUGAGGACGUGAAUCGACACACCGCGCCGGCGCUGUCUCGUGGAACCUCUCGAGACGGCACACCCACCGGCUACUUCCCCCCACAGUCCAAUGGCCGAAGUGCGCAGCGGCCCUCGCUGCCUCCUCUCUCGGGGCCUCAGGCGGCGGCCAGCGGGACGGCUCAACGGAUGCGUUCGGCCAGUAGUCCCGACAUUCAUCAUCACAACAACGCCUCCGACUCUCGGCGGUACAUGGGCGCCCAUGCCAUGCAAACGGUCGACAAUGUGCCGGUGCCACCCAUCCCGGCACAUAUGGCCAGCAUGAAGGCUCCGAUCAACCGAAGUCAGAACAACUCUCCUACCAACAACCAGCUUCCGAUUCGCACUCAUCCUCAUGUGGGUCAUCCCACGCAUUUCACGGAGCCUGAGUACAAUGAGCAUCGGGGCUCCGGACAGGUCUCUGAUCCGGCCACCUCUCCGCUGAGCCAAGGGCCGGAUGACGGGGACCUCUUCAUGCCGACUCAACUGAAAGCGAAGGUCAACUUCGAGGAUAACUAUGUCACGUUAGUGAUUGCCACCAAUAUUCUUUUCCCUUCCCUGACGGACCGCGUGGAUGCAAAAUUGGCCCGCUUCACCGACCGAUCCAUUGGGAGUAAGACCGUCCGUUUGCGGUAUCGCGAUGAGGAUGGGGAUUUCAUCACCAUCGACAACGAUGAAGCGGUCCAGUUGGCCUUUAUCGAAUGGCGCGAGCAACACCGGGAUGAGUUAGCCAAGGGGGUGGUUGGAGAGAUUGAGUUAUAUUGCCAGGUGGUUGAUUAA